CAAUAAGUUUUUUUCUACGAAAAAGUAGAAUAAGUGAUAUUUGUUGAAUUGAAGAAUACUAAGAGAUUCAAGCCGACUAGAAAGGAAGUUAUUAUAUUUUUUAAAGCUAUCGGUCGUAAAAAUGCAAAAAAGUCGAUGUUUUCAACCCGUUGGAUGUAGUUAUGCUGCACAGCAAGCUUGGAAUGCUCAAACACGACAAAGUGGACUGAAGAAAGCAUUCAUAUACAAUGCAGAACCAUGUAGUGCAUAUGACUGUUGGUACCGGCUUUAUGAUAUUACUCAAACUGCUUUUAUUUCAAUGGUGUUUAAUCAAACGGGAACAUUAUUAGUAGCAAUGACAGCGAAUAGUUUUUUGCGUUUUAUUGGUUUGAAAACAAUGUGUAUUUACGCUUCAAUUUAUAUGUGUGACUAUUUUGACGAAGGUAAGGAAAACAUUCCUUUGACACCGCAUCACUGUAGUGAAACAUCUGGUACAAUCUUCAUGAACUUUUUGGACCAUGAUUCAAAACUAGCAGUGAAAUGGAGUGAAAGCUUACUUAUUUUUUCUUUAACCGAUUCUCCUUCUAUUCACUGCUUGAUGAAGAUAAAUCUAUUAGCAAUGUUCCAUCAAUUAAAUCACAAAACCUUAUCAUUUUGUAGGACUCAAGUUUUGCAAUUUGAGAAAUCAUCUGAGGCUGAUACUUUUUCCAAAUCGUCACCAAUUUCAAUAAACUCACAAGUGUUUGCACAACAAUUAAGAGAGGAUAUAACUUUUGUUGGAAGUUAUCAAUUAUCAAAUGAUUUUCAAAAAACAACGGACAUAUGCGAUCAUUUAAAAAGUGUACUUUACAUUGAGCAAUGUCAAAUUUUGCAACAUUUCAAUAGCGUGUUUGAUUUUUUCAUUACAAGCGAACCCAGUAUUUCUAUUCCUAUGCGCAUGAUUUGGGAUUUUCAAAAAAAAACAUUAAUGUCGGCUGAAGUAUUGUUACCGAUAGAAUCGUUCGAAUCUCCAAUAAAAAUAAAAAGUCAAUUAAGAUGUUCAAUUGUUUUUGCAACAUGCAACUUUGGAUGGCAUUUCUGUUACGAUAAAAAGAACUUUAGCAAAAUACUAAAGUACAAUAGUGCAAUAGAGGCAGCAAAUUUUAACAAAGAAGCAGAAACUUAUUCUUUAUGGAAUGAGUCUAUCCAUUUGCAUGCAAACGAGCAACAUGUUUUUUGUGCCGUUGUACAAGGUUCCAGCGAAUUUUUUUUACACUAUCUUUUUAAGGAUUAUAAGAUACCAAGUCAAACAGUAGCAUCCAUUAAACUUAAAAAUUCAUUAUCUGCGUCUACUCAACUUGUAGUGAAUAAAUCAGGAUCUCUUUUAUUAUGUCGAUCUGCUAAUUGCUUAACACUCAUGAGGCUUUCUGUUGAUCAAAGAGAAAAUGAAGAAAACAAGGACGAGUCGCUCACUUUCUCAAAGUCUAAGGAUGGCAUUCCAAAAGUUAAGGUUCAAGUCGUUUUGUGUUACCAAAAACCUAUACCACGAGAUCGUUUAACAUUCUGCGCAAUAAGUAACGCUCCGUGUCAUGUGAACGUUAUUUUGUUGUUUUAUGGAAAAAGUAAUUCAACUGUUCAGUUUCUUCGAUUUAAUGAAAAAAAAGGGUCUAUUGAAGUCAAUAAAAGUUUACAAUUAUCGAAUUGUAAGGAAUUGGAUCAGAUAGUAUGGAUCCCCUGUACAUUUCAAUGGGCGGCCCUUUCGAAAGGGGAAAGAUGUCUACUUCUUUUUGGUUUUCCGAAAAGAAAAGAAACGUGGCAUCUGACACUGUCUAAUUUUUCGUUAUUGACUGAAAAUUUUGAGAUUGUUGAAUCUGAAUCUGAAUUCGAUUUUAAGGAAAACACUACUACAAAUCAACAAGUUUUUGAAGCUAUCUUGCCACAUUCAUGUAUUUCAAAUGUACUACCCAAUGCUACUUUAAUUCAAAAAAGUUGGUACACAUCGUUAAUAUUAUACGGAUCACCUCCAAUAUACCCAUUUUGUUUACCACCAGAAGACUUAGCUACAUUAAAAGUUCCCAUUGAAACAAAACAAGACAAUACUGUUACGCUUCUUACAAAACGUUUAAACGUAUUUCAAGAAUUUUGGGUUCUAUCGAAAUGUUGA